AUAAACCCCAAAAGAGUAGAUCUUUUAAUAAGCCAAAUAAAAUUAGGGAAAAAAAACACAUAAGUGCAAUAUACCUCUUUAUCCAUAUACCUUGUGCCCUGUGACAGUGAGCUUCAAAUGCUGCAUCUUCACCAUUCUCUUUCAAUUCACACAAACCAUUUGCACAAUCCUUCUAUAUUCUUCCUCAGCCAUUCAAGUACCUCAGUUUCUUGUUCUGGUUUAAAGAGAUGGGAUAUAAUCAAGAACACCAGAAAAAGAAGAAAAAAGUUUCCUUUGGUUGAAGCAGUGGAAAAAGAUUCUGAAUUUGAAGUUGACCAAGAUAAGGCCCGUGAAGCUUUGAGAAAACUUGAUGAAAAACUUCAGUCAAUUUCUCAGAAAAAAAUUGACCCUCCAAAAAUUAGAGCUACGGAUCUGAGCCGCGAUAGCUUUCAAAUGACAGAAGAGAAUAAAGAUCUUUCAGGAUCUUUCUUAAAUUCAUUAGCCUUUGGUCUCUUACUCUUCACUAUUUUCUACAAUAUACUCUUCGUUACUGUAAUCAAACCAGCAGUCGAUGGGCCAGAUUCAAUUCCAGAAAUAGACUUAACGCUUGAAACUCUACAAGCAGCACCAUUACAGCAGUUAUUAUCGGUACCUCGAGUUUCAAAAUGAGCUGUGACAUUGCAUUGUAUUGAGGCAGAAAGGCUGAAGCAACUGUAUAUUUCUUUUUUCAAAAUAGUAUUAUCUUGAUUUAGUCUGUUUAAUGAUGUAAAUCUCAGGAGAGUGAAACUGGUGUAUAUCAAUUUAUCAGCAGUACCUCAGUAUAUUUCAAAUUUGUUAAAAUUGCACUUUCUGUUACAGUGUUACUCA